CACUGGAGACCACAUCGAAGCGCACAAACCCCAUCCUGGAGAGACCAACUCUGGCUACAAAGACCUUUUGGAUUACUCUGGUUGCUUCACCCUCAUGACCGAACGACCAGAAGCAGCCAUGGAUUUUCUCAAUCACAACUACUUGAAUGCUCGCAGCCCAUACGACUAUACUUUUAAUUUCUGGAACGACUAUCUGGGGCUGACAACGUUGGUCACCAAGAAUAACAAGCUCAGCAUCCCCCAGAACCCCAACUCCAUCACCGAGUCUCUUAAGGCGACCCUGGGUCUGGAUGACUCCCCGCAGUGUCCGUGCGUAAUUGGGGAAAGUGCGCACCUGGACUGCUGCUGCCCGUCCGGGAGCCCUCCUCCAGCCUCCAUCCUGGACCUGAAGGAGCGUUUCUCUAUUCUGAGCCCCUUCCAGAACCAGCUGCCCGAGAGGGAGGUGGGGUUCGGAGGGAGCUUCUCCGGGUUCGACCUGUUCGGCAUGGAGAGGAAGAUGCGCAAACCCGCAGCCAGGAGCAAGCAGGAGCCCAAAAUCUGCGUCUUCUGCCGAAAUAACGGCGCACCAGAGGAGGUGUACGGCUCCCACGUCCUGAAGACCCCGGACGGGAGGGUCGUGUGCCCGAUUCUGAGGGCUUACACCUGCCCCCUGUGCAGUGCCAACGGGGACAAUGCCCACACCAUCAAAUACUGUCCACUGUCUAAAGACCAGCCAUCCCAGCGACCAUUAAAGGGAGGGAGGGCUGUGGGUGGUAAGAGGAUGAAAAUAUUCUAAACAGACAUGACUAUAAAGUUAAUUGAAUUGCACUGAACUAUUUCCAGAUGACUGUUUUGAUUUCGGCUCUAGCCUUUAUCCCAGUUUCAUAAACAUAUUGAUUUUAUCUUUUUUUUUUUCCUUCUCUCUCUCUCUCUCUCUCUUUCUCUCUAAGAUCUCUUAUAUUUUUAUAGUUCUUUUAUCCACAUAGAACAAUUUUAUGCUUUAUACAUUGGAUUUAUUUUUCUUGCUAGUUUAUAGUCAUUUGAGCGUGUGCAUAUAAAUACAUGUAUCAAUAAUCACAAAGUGUGAACACAUUUGAAGAGAAGUAUUUUGGUCAUGUAGGGAAACACACUGACAUUGGCGAAAUGGGGAUGAAUGUCAUAUUUCUACCAAGUAUUUUUGUACGGUGAGCUAAGCUCGCUGCGAUUUUCUUUUCUUUCUCGUCUUAGAAAACCAAAGUUAUGUUUGCCAUUAAAGAAGCUCAAGAAUGUGUCAUUAAUGAGUGCUUGUGUAUGUCUGACUGGAAGGAGGAACUCUUUGGGUCCCAUCUGCCUGCCUAAAAAAAACUCCACAACAUAUUUUCCAAGUUGCUCUAAAAGUUGACAUUCAAUCUGCGAGGCAGGAAGGGGGAAGAAAAAAAAAAAGAGAGAGAAGAGACAAUGUGGCCUCUGUUUAGGGCUCAUGUUCUCUGCGGGACGUUAUAAUCAAUUGUUGCCAAGCCAAACUUUGACUCCAAUCCUAUGUGACGAGAACGUCAUCUGACUUUUACAAGCAGUCAGAAAUGAGAGAUACUAGCCUUCAUUUCUUUAUGUUUACAUUCCCAAAUAAGGGCGACACACUGGAUUUCCUUUUCUCUGUCAGGUCUCUCUUUCUCUGUGGUGUUUUGUUUUGUUUUGGUUUUUCCCAAUGUCUCCACCAGAGAGUCUCAUGCCCUGCUCUCUGUGAGUCUUUUCACACUGAGCGAGGGGUGAAAAAGAGCAAAAUGAAUGUUAAACAAACAACAACAACAACAACAACAACAACAAACAUGUUAUCCCGUUAUUUCUUUUCCUUGAAGAAUCCCAAAAACAAAGAUGCAAAAAUGUUGUGAAUGUAUGAUUGACUUGCAGGACUGCACAUUUCUGACAGUUUUGUUUACCAAAGGAAUACAAUUGCAUUGAAGAAAGAAGAGAGAUUUGCUGUAUUGUAUAUAAAGUGAUGUUUAUUCAGUAUUUUAACAUUACAAGUGACUUCAGAGGGCGCUACCUCAACAGGAUUUUGUACUUACAUGUAAAAUGUCAACAGCAGUUUAUUGAUAUAGUGCUGCCAUUUAUAAUAAGGGUUUUGAUAGUAUUUUUGAUCUUUGUAUAACAUAAUUGUAUUUUCAUUUUGUCGCAUUUAACAUGACGGGAGUGAAUUUCCAAGAAGCUAUAAGCAUUGCUCACCAAAAGGUGAUUGUCUGUAAAUAACGAUUAUACCCAUACUUUUUAAAGUUUCGUUGGUCAAUGUUACAUUGGUGAGAGUGUGCGAGAGAGCGGAUAUUGAAAAAGGCUGACACAAUUUGCCACUUUUAACAGAGGAUUUUUUUGAUUAAAUGAAUAAUAGAAAAAAGAAAAACACUGUUGAACUUUGUUAUUUAUAUUUUACCACGAUUUUCCUGUAUGCUGCUGUGCAGAAUAACAACAUAUGAAUCCACUAGAGAAAUAAAAA